UCUUCAUCCAUCUAACCAAAAUCCACACUAUCUAGAACUCUCGCACGGUUACCAUCAAAAACCAAAAACCCUUUCUUCAGUUUUUCCACCGAACCUCAACCAAUGGCCGCAGCAGCGCCGCCUCCGGCCCCAACUCCGGCUCCGGAGCCCGCCACAUCGUUACCGGAAACCACUCCUCUCUUCACGCGCAUUCGUCUGGCCACUCUCCUCGACGUUCCCCACAUCCACAAACUGAUCCACCAGAUGGCAGUCUUCGAACGCCUAACUCACCUCUUCUCGGCCACAGAGUCUUCUCUCGCCGCCACCCUUUUCUCCGCAACCGCCCAGCCCUUCCACUCAUUCACCGUCUUCCUUCUGGAAGCUUCUCCCAAACCCUUCGCCGUUUCAACCGCGGACUCUAACCCUUUCUUCACACCAAUCACCAAGUUCGUGAAUCUGAGUCUCCCCAUUGAGGACCCCGAGCGAGACACGUUCAAGACCUCGGAUGACGUGACGGUUGUGGGGUUUGUGUUGUUUUUCCCGAACUACUCUACCUUUCUUGCGAAGCCAGGGUUUUACGUGGAGGACUUGUUCGUGAGGGAGUGUUACAGGAGAAAGGGGUUUGGGAGAAUGCUUCUGUCGGCGGUGGCGAAACAGGCGGUGAAGAUGGGGUAUGGGAGGGUGGAGUGGGUGGUGCUCGAUUGGAAUGUGAAUGCCAUCAGGUUUUACGAAGAGAUGGGUGCCGAUCUCUUGAACGAGUGGAGGAUUUGCAGGCUAACUGGGGAGGCUCUUCAGGCUUAUGGAGGGAAUUGAAGAUCAAAUUGGGAGGUUUGGUGGAGAAGCAUAAUCAAUCCCGAAAAAAACCAAACGAAGAAGAAAGAUUCGAAGGUGAAGUGUUCAUUGUCGUCUUGGUUGUGGAUUUGAAGAGGAAGUGUUUGCUGCCCACAGUUGUAAUAUGGUGCUCCAUUGUGAGAGGAAAAGCCACCACUGUGAGAAGAAAAGUCACCACCAUGACUGGAUAAGCUUGGAUUUUGCAUUAUCUGUGAAUUACACUACGAAGAAGAAGAAGAGUGUCCCCUCGACAUUGUACACCAAAUGUUGAAGAACUCCUGCAUAAAGAAGAUGAAUUGUGAAAUUAGGGUUGACCA